AUGAAACGAAACCAUCUACGCGAAGCUCUUCUCAAAUUGAAUCACUUUCUUCCUUUUUAUAAGAUACAUACCUUUCUUUUCUCUUAUCCGUUCCUUUUCUACUCUUUUUAUAUAUCCAACCAAACAACAUGUUUCUUUUUCCAUUUGAUAUUCCCUUAUCUUCGUCUUCUUUCUCGCUUUAAUUCUUUCUUUCUUUUUUUCUUCUUUUCUUUUCUCAUAUUAUUAUCCAUUCUUUUCUUGCGUUUCUCUCUAUAUUUAGAAGCUUUCUUUAUUAUUGCUUUCUUUCUUUUUACCAUUCAUUCUUUCUUUUGUCUUUCUUUGUUGAUUUCUUUCUUCUCCUUACUGGAUUUAUAUUCUAUUUCUUCACUCGAGAAUAUCGUUCACUUCUUCGUUCUUCAUUUUUUCUUCUUUCUUUUUUAUACUUUCCUUAAUAUCUGUCCUUGUCUUUGUGCGUUGCUAUCUUUUUUUUCCACUAGCAUUCAUUCACUCGCUCUUUUUUGUCUUUCUUUCUUUCUUUUUAUCACCCUUUCUUUUUUUUGUUUUGCUUUGUCUUUCUUUUUCCUUUUAAUUCUCCUUACUCAUACUGUCCAUAUUUUAUUUAUUCAAACAAGGACUUCCUCCUUCUCCUCUUCCCCCUAUUCCUUCAUUGUUAACAUCCUCGUGAUCUUAAACUUUCUUAUCUGCUGUUACUAUCUAUAUCCACUAAAUUUCUUUCUUUCUUUCUUAUCGAUUUUUUACUUUUUAUUAAUUCACAUAGGAACCUUCUUCUUCUUUUUCACUCACUUUAUCUCGUCAACUAAUGAUUUGUGUUCCUUUCAAACAAACUAA